CACUAUUGUUAUGUUUUAACACAUAUUCAACCUCUUGAUUACUAUAAUACUUCACAAAUAAUCGGGUUUCAAUUCAAUUUUUGAGUUACUAGAAAUUAAACAAUUAGAGGAAAAAAAAUAAUUGAUUUGAACAUGCAAUAAAAGCUUGUUAGCUACAUUUUUCAAAGUCUACAAACUUAAUAAUCCGUCAAAAGAUUUAUGUCCACAAAUAAGUGGGUAGUGCUAAAAUACACCAUAUAUUAUAAAAACUUUGGUAAAGGAAUUUAUAUUUGUUGUUAUACAUUAAAGGCUUGGUUGCCUCACAUGGUUUUGUAAUAAUAUCUCACACUAUAUAUAUACAUACAACUCAAAGGAGGAGGAACACUUCAACAAAUCCUUUCUUCCCUAUUCCAAAAAUUUCCCAUUUGUAUCUCUCUCUCUCUUUCACUCUCUAUUUUCCCCCAACAUUUUUAAUAUUUAUAAAUUUGUUAUAUCAUUUUUCACUUCUUUGUAAUUUUUGGAAAUGGAAUAUUAUAAUAGUUGUGAGAGCAAAGGAAUUGGGAAUGUGAAGUGGCAGAGGAGAGGGAGGCGCGGCGGACGGCACGGCGCCUCCGUCCAAAUGAAGAUGAGAAAGCUGCAGCGGCUGAUUCCCGGAGGGCGGAGGCUGAAACCGGACCGCUUGUUCUUGAAAACGGCGGAUUAUAUAAUGCAAUUGAGGUCUCAAGUUCAUGUUUUGCAAGCACUUUCCAAGAUUUAUGACCCUAGACUUUCCAAAUAUUGAUAUAUCUCUAUUUUUUUCUUUUUCUUUUCUUUUUCCUUUUUCUUUUUAUUAUUUUUCUAUUUUCUUCAAGUCUUGUAUCCAGAAAAAGAAAAAAAAAAAAGAAUUAAUUGGCUUUUUGGCCACUUUCAUAUGACAUACAUACACAUUAUAUAUAUGUAUGGGAUGAUGUAUGUAUGUAUUUUUAUGUGUAGAUAUCACAUAACUAAAUUUCUACUACCAAUUUCUUCUACAAUUAGCUAAUUAAAAUUAA